CCACAGAGUCAGGGGAAAGGAAAAGAAGAAGAAGAAGGGGAUUUAAAGGCAGAAGGAAGCAGGCAUUUGGCUAAAGAAGAAAGUCUGCCCCAGGUUGUGACACCCAGGACCAAAUUCUGACCCAAAGCUCCCACUAUGGAACACCUUCUCCUGCUGAUGCCCCUCUUGGGUCUGGUGAGCGGUGACUUGCCAUUUGUGCAGAGAGGAUUCUGGGACUUUUCCAUGGAUGAUCCUAAUGUCCAAGAAGAGGAAGAGGCGUCUGGCAUCUUCCCUACGUCAGGAGGGGCUGAGGCUGAGGACACCGUGCCCUUCUAUCCAGGCCUCUGCCCCUUUGGCUGCCACUGCCACCUCAGGGUGGUGCAAUGCUCUGACCUGGGUCUCAAGGAAGUGCCUAAGGAGAUCUCGCCAGACACAAAAUUGCUGGAUCUGCAGAACAACCACAUUACUGAGCUACGCAAAGAUGACUUUAAGGGGCUGCAUCACUUGUAUGCCUUGGUCCUGGUGAACAAUAAGAUCUCCAAGAUCCACCCAAAGGCCUUUAGCCCGCUGCACAAGCUGCAGAAACUCUACAUCUCCAAGAACAACCUGGUGGAGAUCCCUCCUAACCUGCCCAGCUCCUUGGUUGAACUCCGCAUCCAUGAUAACAAGAUCAAGAAGGUCUCCAAGGAUGUCUUCAAUGGGCUCAACAACAUGAAUUGCAUUGAGAUGGGAGGGAAUCCCCUGGAGAACAGUGGAUUCGAACCUGGUGCCUUUGAUGGUCUGAAGCUGAACUACUUGAGGAUCUCAGAAGCAAAGCUCACGGGGGUACCUAAAGAUCUUCCUGAAACCCUAAAUGAGCUACAUCUGGACCACAACAAGAUCCAGGCAAUUGAAUUAGAGGAUCUGAUCCGGUACUCCAGAGUCUACAGGCUGGGCCUGGGACACAACAACAUCCGCAUGAUUGAGAACGGCAGUCUGGCUUUCCUGCCUAGCCUACGUGAGCUGCACUUGGAUAACAACAAACUGUCACGAGUUCCUCCAGGACUGCCUGGCCUCAAGUUUCUUCAGGUUGUGUACCUUCACUCCAACAACAUCACUCACAUUGGUGUGAACGACUUCUGUCCCGUAGGCUUUGGGGUAAAGCGGGCAUCGUACCACGGCAUCAGCCUCUUUGCCAACCCUGUGCCCUACUGGGAGGUCCAACCAGCUACUUUCCGCUGCGCUACGAAUCGCUUGGCUAUCCAGUUCGGAAACUACAAGAAAUAAAAAAGUUAGAGGAGGGUGAAGGGGAGGGAGGGUGGGA